AUUAGUUUUUUUCUUCCCAAACGAAGAAAAGGAAGCAAAGGAAAGUGUAAAAGAAGAGAGGCUAAACAGAGCACAGCCCGUCUCUGUUUUGUUUUUUUCUUCUUUCAUAUUUCUAUAUUUAUUCUUUCAUUCGUUUCUCAGUUGUGUCUCUGAGAUAAAAGCGAAGCAGAAUAAAGUAAAAAAGGAAGAAAAACGAAGGCCAUUGCUUUGAGACGCAAGGGUUGGUAAUGGGUUCCAAAUUUGUAAUGUGGAAUGUGUUGGGAACCAACGCGUUCUUGUUUCUGUUCUUGUUUUCGUUUUGCUCGUCUGUUUCAGCCUCUGUAUCUUACGAUGAGAAAGCCAUUAUCAUCAAUGGGCAGCGAAGGAUCCUUAUUUCGGGAUCUAUUCACUACCCACGUAGCACUCCGGAGAUGUGGCCGGACCUUAUUCAGAAGGCCAAAGAUGGAGGUUUGGAUGUUAUUCAGACCUACGUUUUUUGGAAUGGGCACGAAUCUUCUCCAGGCGAAUAUUACUUCGAGGACAGAUAUGAUCUGGUUCAGUUUAUCAAACUAGUGAAAGAAGCCGGCCUUUAUGUUCAUCUUCGGAUUGGCCCAUACGUUUGCGCUGAAUGGAACUUUGGAGGCUUUCCUAUUUGGCUGAAAUACAUCCCAGGGAUCAGUUUCAGAACAGACAAUGAGCCCUUCAAGGCGGCAAUGCAAAGAUUCACAUACAAGAUUGUGGAUAUGAUGAAAGUAGAAAGAUUAUUUGAAUCUCAGGGUGGCCCUAUAAUUAUGUCUCAGAUAGAGAACGAAUAUGGACCUGUAGAGUAUGAAGUUGGUGAUCCUGGUAAGGCUUACACGAAAUGGGCAGCAAAAAUGGCUGUGGGUCUUGGAACUGGAAUCCCAUGGGUCAUGUGCAAGCAAGAUGAUGCUCCUGAUCCCGUUAUAAACUCCUGCAAUGGAUUCUAUUGUGACUGGUUCUCACCUAACAAAGCAUAUAAACCCAAGCUAUGGACAGAAAAUUGGACAGGCUGGUUUACUGAAUUUGGAGGUCCAGUUCCUCACAGACCAGUAGAAGACUUGGCAUUUUCAGUUGCAAGGUUUAUACAGAAAGGUGGUUCGUUCGUUAACUACUACAUGUACCAUGGAGGAACAAACUUUGGGCGGACAGCCGGUGGUCCCUUCAUUGCCACAAGCUACGAUUAUGAUGCUCCAAUUGAUGAAUAUGGACUAUUGAAGCAACCUAAAUGGGGUCAUCUGAAAGAUCUGCAUAAAGCCAUCAAGCUGUGUGAACCAGCUUUAGUUUCUGCAGAUCCAACUGUGACGUCACUUGGGAAUUAUCAAGAGGCUCAUGUCUUCAAGUCAAAGUCUGGAGCUUGUGCAGCAUUCCUUGCGAAUUAUAACUCAAAUUCUUUUGCAAAAGUUUAUUUUGGGAAUAUGCACUAUAAUCUUCCUCCUUGGUCCAUCAGCAUCCUUCCUGACUGCAAGUACACUGUUUUCAACACUGCAAGGGUUGGGGCUCAAAGUGCACAGAUGAAGAUGACUCCAGCAGGGAAUGGAGGAUUCUCUUGGCAAUCAUACAACGAAGAGACAGCUAUAGAUGCUGACAGUUCAUUUACAGUAGUUGGGUUGCUGGAGCAGAUAAAUACUACCAGAGAUUCCACAGACUAUUUGUGGUACAUGACAGAUGUGAAGAUAGACCCAGAUGAAGAAUUUUUGAGGAAUGGACAGUAUCCUGUCCUUACAGCGAUGUCAGCAGGUCAUGCUUUGCAUGUUUUCAUCAAUGGUCAGUUGUCAGGAACUGCCUACGGGAGUUUAGAAAAUCCGAAAUUGACAUUUAGUGACGGUGUGAAUCUAAGAGCUGGCAUUAACAAGAUCUCCCUAUUAAGUUUAGCUGUUGGCCUCCCGAAUGUUGGCACUCAUUUUGAGACGUGGAAUGCUGGGGUGCUUGGCCCAGUUACAUUGAAAGGUCUCAAUGAGGGGAGAAGAGACUUGUCAUGGCAGAAAUGGUCUUACAAGGUUGGUUUAAAAGGAGAAGCUUUGAGUCUCCACACACUCAGUGGUAGUUCUUCUGUUGAGUGGGUAGAGGGAUCACUAGUGGCUCAAAAGCAGCCUCUGACAUGGUACAAGACUGUUUUCAAUGCACCACCUGGCAGUGAGCCACUGGCUUUAGAUAUGAACAGCAUGGGAAAAGGUCAAAUCUGGAUAAAUGGGCACAGCAUUGGACGCCACUGGCCAGCAUAUACAGCAUCUGGUACCUGUGGUGGCUGUACUUAUGCUGGAACGUAUAAUGAGAAAAAAUGCCAAAGUAAUUGUGGAGAGGCCUCCCAAAGAUGGUAUCAUCUCCCACGUUCAUGGCUUAACCCAACCGGAAAUCUAUUGGUCAUAUUUGAAGAAUUGGGUGGUGAUCCGACUGGUAUUUCUUUGGUCAGUAGAACAGUGGAAAGCGUCUGUGCUGAUAUUUUUGAAUGGCAACCGACACUGACAAGUUGGCACAGGCAAACCUCUGGUAUGGUUCAAAGACCCCUAAGGCCCAAGGCACAUCUCUGGUGUGCACCAGGACAGAAAAUCUCAUCAAUAAAGUUUGCUAGCUUUGGGACUCCACAAGGGAUGUGUGGAAGCUUCCAGCAAGGCAGUUGUCAUGCACAAAAGUCAUAUGAUGUUUUUGAAAAGAGGUGCAUUGGGCAGGAGAUUUGCUCAGUAACUAUAGCUCCUGAGGUCUUCGGUGGGGAUCCAUGUCCAAGCAUCAUGAAGAAGCUUUCGGUUGAGGCAGUCUGCAGCUGAUGGAUGGCAUCAACAUAAUAUCAAAUAGAGUUCACAAAUUUUUUCUUAAUGAGGUUCUCAGGUUUCUUGGUAAUUCAAGCAUACACAUCCAUGGUUGUCAAGGCCAUUGAUUUUGAUUCUGGCACAGGGUGAAGUUCAAACAUUCAACACACCAUUUGGCCAGAGCCCUUAUAGAUUGUAACGAUGAGUUGGAAGAAGUGUCAUGUACAUAAACAAGCUGCUGUUUGUCAAACACCUGCCCAUGAUAGUUAAUAUAUAUUGCAGGGCCUUAGUGGAGCACAUUGAGACGCUAUAUUAUAUGUCCAUGUUGCCAAAAAUGCAGUUCUUAAGAUCAAAGCUGGGGGCAAGCUGCUGGCUUGCAAGGAUCUGCCAUUUGCAUUGUAACACUCUUCUCUAGGGAGCAAUUUUUUUUCCUUUUGCUGCUUUAUCCUUGUAAGAAUUAAGUGGUAAUAGCAAUAAAAUUCAAGUUAAUU